AUGCUCAUACCCCUGCACCUGUCACCAACUUAUUCACAACCAGUCAAUAGACUGGUAGGUAUGGAACCUGAAGGGGAGGAGACAAUGGAGGGAGAUGGGGACGCUGCGACGGCGCCGUUGCUGGACUUCAUCGAUGACCAGUCAGCCGCCUCGGAGGAGCUGCUGCGGCGGGAGCCGGUGCCAUUCGACGUGCUGUCGCGGCUGGCAUUGUGGGAGGCCGGCAACCUGUGGCGCAUCUCAUGGGCGUCCAUCCUCAUCACGCUCUUCAGCUUCACUCUCAGCCUCGUCACGCAGAUGUUCGUUGGCCACCUUGGUGAGCUCGAGCUUGCCGGGGCCUCCAUCACCAACAUCGGCAUCCAGGGCCUAGCCUAUGGCAUCAUGCUUGGCAUGUCGACUGCAGUGCAGACUGUGUGCGGCCAGGCCUACGGUGCGAGGAGGUACAGGGCGAUGGGUGUUGUUUGCCAGAGAGCGCUCGUCCUCCAGUUUGUGACGGCCGUCGCCAUAGCUUUCUUCUACUGGUACUCUGGCCCAUUCCUGCAGCUCAUUGGGCAGGCUGAGGACGUGGCUGUGGCAGGGCAGCUGUAUGCUCGUGGGCUGGUGCCACAGCUGCUCGCGUUUGCACUCUUCUGCCCGAUGCAGAGGUUCCUGCAGGCUCAGAACAUCGUCAACCCCGUAGCGUACAUGGUGCUUGCUGUGCUGGUCUUCCACAUCUUCAUCUCAUGGCUCGCUGUGUUCGUGCUCAGCUUUGGCCUUCUCGGUGCGGCUCUGACUCUGAGCUUCUCUUGGUGGGUGCUCGUGGCGUUGACCUGGGCGUACAUCAUCUGGAGCCCAGCUUGUAAGGAGACGUGGACUGGGCUGUCCAUGCUUGCUUUCAGAGGCCUCUGGGGAUACGCCAAGCUCGCCUUCGCGUCGGCUGUUAUGCUAGCGUUGGAGGUCUGGUACGUGCAAGGAUUUGUGCUUCUGACUGGCUUCCUCCCCAACUCAGAGAUUGCUCUUGAUUCACUCUCUAUCUGCAUCAACUACUGGAACUGGGACUUCCAAAUCAUGCUUGGUUUGAGCUAUGCGGCCAGCAUUCGCGUCAGCAACGAGCUUGGCGCUGGCCAUCCAAAGGUCGCGAGGUUGUCGGUCAUGGUGGUCGUCAUGGCGAGCAUCGCCUUCAGCAUUCUCGCCACGAUUGUAGUCAUGGCCCUUAGGUACCCGCUGAGCACCCUCUACACAAGUAGCACGACGGUGAUCGAGGCCGUCAUCGCUCUGAUGCCAUUGCUGGCCAUCAGCAUCUUCUUGAAUGGGAUCCAGCCAAUCCUCUCAGGAGUCGCAGUCGGGAGCGGGUGGCAGGUCAUAGUUGCCUAUGUCAACGUCGGGGCUUACUACAUCAUUGGGCUGCCGAUUGGAUGCGUCCUAGGGUUCAAAACAAGCCUGGGAGCAGCUGGGAUCUGGUGGGGCUUGAUCAUAGGGGUCGCGGUCCAGACGGUGGCUCUGAUCGUCAUCACGGCCAGGACCAACUGGGAUAGCGAGGUUGAGAAGGCGAUCCAGCGACUGCGGCGCACCGCGGCAGACGAGGGCGGCGUGCUGGUGGUCGAUGAUGAUGACGUCUGA